AUGGUGACAACCUGUGCCAUUUGCGGCGAUCGAGCAACCGGUAAACACUAUGGCGCGCCAAGUUGUGAUGGUUGUAAGGGAUUUUUUAGACGUAGUGUACGUCAAAACCAUGUUUAUACUUGCCGUUUUGGUCGAAGUUGUGUCAUCGAUAAAGACAAGCGCAAUCAAUGUCGCUAUUGUCGUUUAAAAAAGUGCUUUCGAGCCGGGAUGAAGAAAGAAGCCGUUCAGAGCGAAAGAGAUCGGAUAUCGAGAAGACCGUCAGAAGAUCAAUCCGGUGGUAGUGAGCUUACGUGCAGCACGUUAUUAGCAGCCGAAUUAUUGUCACAACCUCAAUCGUCUCCGCCACGUGAAUGCUCACUGGAUGUAAUACGUAUGGCCUCAGUUAAUGAUAUUUGCGAAUCGAUGAGGCAACAGUUACUGCUUCUGGUCGAAUGGGCCAAAUAUAUUCCGAGUUUUUGUGAAUUACUACUAGAUGAUCAGGUCACUUUAUUACGAGCACAUGCAUGCGAGCAUUUAAUGUUGGGUGUUGCUAGACGAUCAAUGAGAUUAAAAAAUAUUCUCUUACUUGGGAAUGAUUUGAUUUUACCUCGACAUCUUCCGGAGGAGCCAGAAAUUGCUCGUAUCGCUUGUCGUAUAAUGGACGAAUUGUGUUUGCCCAUGUUAACGCAUAAUAUUGAUGAUACUGAGUACGCAUGUCUGAAAGCUAUUGUAUUUUUUAAUCCUGAUGCCAAAGGAUUGAAUGAGCCUAUGAAGAUAAAGCGAUUGCGCUUUCAAAUUCAAUUAGCACUAGAAGAUUACAUCAAUGAUCGCCAAUAUGAUUCUCGUGGACGAUUUGGUGAGAUGCUUUUACUCCUACCAAAUUUACAUUCAAUUGCAAUGCAGUCUGUCGAACAUCUACAAUUUGCGCGCUUAUUUGGUACUGCUAAAGUUGAUAGUCUACUGCAAGAAAUGUUGCUUGGAGGAAAAACAAGCCCCAUAAUGUAA